CACGCCACUCUGUUUCAACGAUCCUUCUUCUUCUUCUUCUUGAUGGUUACUCUUCUUCCUAAUCCGACGAGCCAUUUCUUCUCUCCAUCGCUUCAAUCCAUCUUCCUAUCUACAUUUUUCAUCCUUCUGAUCGAAGAUUCUUCUACGCUAAUCGACAGGGCUCGCGGCGUCGCCUUAACCGGAAUGGAGGACGAUCCAUGGCUCCUAGUGGAGAAGAAAGGCGGGCACUUUGCUGCCGGAGACCGCCCCUUCUUCGUCCACGGCUUCAACACCUACUGGCUGAUGGUCUUCGCCGCCGACCCGGACACGAGAAACAAGGUCAGCGACGUCUUACGGGAGGCCUCCUCCGCCGGGCUCAAUGUAUGCCGGACCUGGGCCUUCAACGACGGCGGCUGGCGCGCCCUCCAGGUCUCCCCUUACGUUUACGACGACCAGGUCUUCGAGGGUUUGGAUUUCGUGGUCAGCGAGGCAAGGAAGCAUGGGGUGCGGUUGAUACUCUCGUUCUGCAACAACUGGAAGGAUUACGGGGGGAAGGCUCAGUACGUGAGGUGGGGGAAGGACGCUGGAUUGGAUUUGUCUUCCGACGAUGCGUUCUUCUCUGAUCCAACUCUCAAAGGCUACUACAAAGCCUUUGCUAGGACUGUCAUCACUAGAAUCAAUACAUUCACGAAUGUGGCAUACAAAGAUGAUCCCACCAUACUUGCCUGGGAGUUGAUUAAUGAGCCACGGUGCCCCUCGGAUCCUUCUGGCGAUACCUUGCAGGCAUGGUUUGAGGAGAUGGUGGCGUAUGUGAAGUCCAUUGAUCCAGUGCACAUGCUGGAGAUUGGGGUGGAAGGUUUCUACGGCCCAUCUAUGCCCGAAAGAUUGGAGCUGAACCCCAAUGAAUCUGCAGGUCGGGAAGGAACAGAUUUCAUCAGGAACCAUCAAGUUCCUGGCGUUGACUUUGCUUCAGUUCAUGUUUACUCCGAUACCUGGUUGCCCGAUCCAGACUCCAAUGUGCAUCUACAAUUUGUGAGGGCCUGGAUGCAUCAGCACAUCGAGGAUGCAGAGGCAUUGCUCGGAAUGCCAAUUGUUUUCGGUGAGUUUGGAGUGUCGGUGAAGGAUGAAAGGUUCAACUCCGAGUUUCAACAGACAUUCAUGGAGACAGUGUAUGACACUUUCCUGACCUCCAGUCAAAACAGGGAUGUUGGCGGAGGAUCCCUUGUUUGGCAGCUCUUUCCUGAGGGCACAGACCACAUGGAUGAUGGAUAUGCUGUUGUUCUAGCCAGGUCUCCUUCCACAAUGCAGAUGGUUUCACGACACUCUGAAAACCUUAAUGUUUACCGUCUCGGGGGCUACAACGAGGCGAAGGAGAGCUCUAUUCCUGAAUCAGGCAUCCACGAUGAACUGUGACAAUGACCUGUAUGUACAUCUUCAAUCUUUCUUUGUUAAGGCAGGUAAUCUAACUUAGCAUCUCUAUAUCUGUAUAAUUUAUUGGGCUUGAGGUAGCUAUUUUAUUGAUAUUAUUUUAUCAUUGUUAACAAUAAUUUAUUGAUAUCAAUGUGCAAAUUCUAUGUAUCAGUUGUGGCAAUAGUAUUAUUUUAUGUAUCA